AUGGCGCCGGCUUCGCGAUCAUGUCCGUCAGUUGGUUAUGGAGCGAUGAUUUUAUUGGCCAUGCAGUUUGGUCUACAACCAAUUCUCUACAAGGAAUUUGCGAGUGAGGUAAAGCAUCGUACUGUUCUGGUGAUUGGCUGCGAAGCGUUCAAACUGUUGCUGUCGCUUCUGAUCCUACUAUCCUCGGGGACGUUCAAUCAAGUCAUCAAGACGUGGAGUUUUCGUGACAGUCUCAUUUCAUCAGGUCUACCCGCUUGCACUUAUGCUGUGCAGAACGUGCUUAUCCAAAUUGCGUACCAACAUCUACCGUCUAUCGUGUUUAAUCUUCUGAACCAGACUAAACUCCUCUCAGCUGCCCUCUUUCUCUACAUAUUAAUGGACACGCGCUUCUCUCUUCCCCAGUGCUUUGCCAUGCUAUUGCUUCUGGGUGCCGCCGUGUUGCUCUCACUUGCUAAGGACGGACAAUCUUCGAGCGCCACCAUCUCCUUCGAGCUCGGUCUCAUGCCUUGUCUACUCGCUUCGUUGCUAUCAGGACUUGGAUCGGCACUCACACAGCGCUCUAUGCAGCAGCUAAAACGUGAUGCUUCUCUUGUGACAAUGGAGCUGUCAGUCUUUGGCACUUUGUUCCUCAUGCUUCCAGCCAUUUGGUCCACAAUCGUGUCAACGCCUUCCGCAGAGUCACCAGCUGCCAACGUUUUGGCCAAUACUGACAAGAUAUUUGAAGGAUGUAAUCUUUACACACUCAUUCCAGUAAUUAGCAAUGCUUUUGGUGGAUUGCUUGUCGGUACAGUCACGAAAUACGUUGGUGGAGUGCUCAAAUCAUUUGCUCUCAUUUGUGGUAUUGCCUUUACUGCCUUGGUUGAGAGUUACGUGUAUGGCGUUGUGCUGCCAAAUGAAGUGUUCACUGCCACCUUUCUUGUUGCAAUAAGUAUGAGUAUUUACUCGAGCUUUCCAUUUGUAAAGAUUGAAAAAGCAAAGACCGAGUAA